AUGAAACACAAUACGACCUCCUCGGACCUUGUUCUGGUGGAGACAUAUCCAUUCGGUGCCCGUGUCCUCGCAUUGAAUCGGCCCGCAAAACGAAACGCCUUGUCUCAGACGCUAAUUAAUUCCUUGCUGGCUGAGUUGGAAAAUGCCUCGACCGAUCCCCAGAUCCAAUCCAUCAUCAUUACGGGCUCCCAGACAAUCUUCUCAGCUGGGGCAGACAUCAAGGAAAUCGCGGAAUUGGACGGGGAGACUGCUCGCCAGCAGAGGUACCUUGAAAAUCUUUGUCAUGGGAUGAGAAACAUUCGGAAGCCGAUCAUCGCGGCAAUAGAAGGGAAAGCACUUGGCGGAGGCUUUGAGCUUGCAUUGAUGGCAGACUGUAUUGUUGCCACGCCUGAAGUGGAGUUUCGAUUGCCGGAGAUAUCCAUUGGCUUGAUUCCCGGUGCUGGAGGCACCCAACGCUUGACAGCUGCCAUAGGCAAAUAUCGGGCAAUGAAUAUGAUUCUCCUCAAUCAGCCCAUCUCUGGACAGGAGGCAUAUCAGCUAGGGCUGGCGAGCAAAUUGGUGGAGAGUGGUAAGGCUCUUUCAGGAGCACUGGAAAUGGCAGAACAGCUGGGAUCGAAGAGUCCAUCCACAAUUCUACUCGCAAAGGAAGCGAUAUGUCGAGCAGACGAGCUACAACAUGAUCACGAGUUCGAAAGAUCACUCUACUAUACAGCAUUUGGAACGGGUGACAUGAUGGAGGGAGUGAGUGCAUUCCUGGAAAAGAGAGCUCCUGUGUGGAAGAACGGCCGCAACAUUGCCUCUCCUACGAUGGACCAGUAG